AUUAAAUUUUUUUCGGUCUGUUUUUUGACUGGCACAAUAUGAAACUUGUCAAAGUCAUCAAGCUUGUUUGGGGCUAAAGUGUUGAAAAGUUUCACGACAACAAUGAACGUUAAUUAACGUUAAGAACAAAUUGCAUUAACCUGUUCAGUGCCUAAAUAGUCGUCACCAUGAUUUGAGCAUAAACGGUGCAUCAGUGAGCGGAAUUUACGUUGUUGAAUGUAUUGAUUCAGGUCCAGGUUAUGUUUCCAACUUUCAUAAGCAUACUAGAUAUUCAGUCGUGGUGGGAGGUUCCCAGCAUUGCCCAUUUCUGUUCCCUCUUCAGAACUGCCUUUAAUCUACUAGACUUUGAUAUCGAGGACUUGGAAGAAGCCCUACUGACUGACGGCACUGAGGAGACGUCGUGGCUGCAAGAGUUGAUCGUGCGUCUUCUCAGUGGAUGCCUUCCCAACAAUGAAAUCUCCACAUUCAACUACCAGAUGUUCUUGAGACGACUGUUCAGGCAAAAAUGUCAGGAGCACGACCGAUAUAACCCGUUUAAUACAGACUGUGACUUCACUUUGUUGCCACUGCGGACCAAAGUCGAUAUUUUGCACGCUCUAUGCGACUUCCGUUUGGACGCUGAAGACGUUCUAGACCAGCUGAAGAACCUUGAGGCAGACAGUUUGAGGGUGGAACCGCUGGGGUUCGACAAGAACGAGUCGGCCUAUUGGUACUUUUACGGCACCCGGCUCUACCGAGAAGACUUUGAGAGGAAGAACAACAAGAAGAAGGCCGUUUGGCAGGUGAUUUGCUUCACGGAAGACGACUGGUUCCAGCUAACGAAGAAGUUUAAGAGCUCGGGGACGAAGAACGAGCGCUUGCUGCACCACACUCUAAGCAAGAACUUCCUGCCGGAAUUGCCCAGACUGUUUAAGGAAAAGGAGCGGCAAGCCCGGCGCCGUUUGCUAGAAAACCAGCCCAGGCGCACGUCCGAUCGAAUAAGGAAAUUGGAUGCUGACGUGGUUGACAAGGAAGGUUCGUCCGAACAGCUCGCUUUGCAGAAAGACCAGCAGCAGAAGAAGAAGGAGCAGGACGAGCGAAGGCGAGACUCGUACGAAAAUCGCUCCAAACUGAAAGAGUGCACUGAAGAAGGCGAUUCGGAUCGCGAAACGGAAAUAAGGAAUGAGAUGGCAUCGAAGAAAAAGGUCAAAACUAGGCAGCGACAGCCCUCAACUGACUCCGAAACCACCAAAGAUGCAGCACCAAAGCGCAAGAAAUCGAGACUAUGCGAUAAAAACGAGGAUCCACCCCCUGUCAAACUGGUGGGGCGCCAGACCAACAAUUCCCUCUCCGCAUUGGACGGCCAAAUCGUCAUCCAGCAAGCUGCGCCGCCUGCUUCGUCCAGCAAAAAGAAGCUAAAACCCUCACAAGUGUUUCAGCAAACCGAUGAAGAUCUUCUAGUCGGCAUGCACAAGAUCCUGGACUAUGUGAAGAACCACGAAGAUGCCUGGCCCUUUGUGGACCCGGUGGAAGAAGAGUACGCCCCAAAUUACUACUCAAUAAUUCGCAGGCCCAUGGACUUGACUAAAAUGGAAGAGCGCUUAGACCAAGGCUACUACAAGGGUUACGAUAAAUUCAAGGGCGACUUCCAGUUGAUCGUCAACAACUGCAGGCUCUACAAUGGGGCAGAGAAUGAGUACACCCUGAUGGUGGACAACCUGGUGACGGUGUUUGAUAAAGCUACCGAAAGGUUCCUGGAUCAAAUCUCCUCGUCCGACGAGGAAGUCGCAGUGGAAAACCUCGAGUGCGAAGACGGGCUUGAGGACAACAGGAGCGUGAAGUCCCUGAAGAAGAAGAAGCGGUCAGAAUCGCCUCCGCGAACAUCCAGCAGAACCAUCAAGCCGGGUCUGACCGCGCAAGGGAAAAAGCGGGAAAGGGCGUCUUCCCAUGAAAGCGCGCAGGAUGAACAAUCGGAGCCGAAAACAAAGAAAAACAAGAAGCAAGAGAAGCCACUGAAAGCGGACCACAGGAAAAACGACAAAGUGUCUAAAAAGCCGGAUAAAGGGUCGAGGAAGCCGGACAAGCAGGCAAAGAAGCCGGAAAAGCAGGCCGAUGCUGCGGAUGACCGCCAGACGAAGCAGGCCAAGGGGUCCAAGUCCAAGAAAGAAAACAGGCCAAAAAGCAAGGACAAAAAGGCGAAAAAGCGAAGUCAUAAAAAGAAGAAGUCGGGCUCGAUGCGGCCGAGCAGCUGCAGCAAAAGCUCCACGCCCAGCAUCAGGAGCGCCAUGAGCAGCCCGCCGCCUUCAAGCCCCGAAGACAGUCAACCGAUGGACGAUUCUAAACUUGCACAUUCCACAGAGGACCAGUCGAAAAACGCGGUAAAGUUCAAAAAGGCCACAUUUCCAUGGGAAUUGACGUACUUUCCGGAAGACCCGCCGCCUGCUGGAAGUCCCGCAGCAAAAGACGAGGACGUCGAGGACACGGCGCCUUCGUCGCCGCAGGGAUUUUCCUUCAAACCUGCCAAAGAUAAGCACAACAAGCUGCGCGAAACCAUCGAAAAGUUGAAAGCCAAUAGUGAGAUCAACAGGCUGCAAAGCCCCGUGUGCGAGUUCGAGGCGGACGAUCAAUUGAAGGAGAACAAGGACAAAAACAAGAAGAGCGAGGAGAGCAGCCCCAAGGCGCACAAAGAGAAGCCCAAGGCGAAGCGAAACAACCACCACCACCACCAGGAGCAGGAUGGCGGAAAAUCUGCCCACCAGCCGGACGUGAAAAGACCGGCAAAAAAAAGCCAACCGAGAGUGCCGGAAGUGUCACAAGCGGCGUCCAAACAGUCCAACCUUGAGGCCCUCAGCCUGGCCACCGAGCAAACUUUAAAGGACAUCAACAAGUGGCUGGACGACACCCCGAAGUUUGACGACUUCAGCUCGGCUAGCAACUCGCCUUCGUAUAUGACGCUUGAGGAGUUUGAUUUGCUUGGAGCGCCGCGGCCCAUGGAUAUCAAAAAGGUUGAGAAAGUUGCGAUGCCAGCCAUGACGAACCCAGCGGCUGCGCCGCCUAUCAAGCGGGACGGAGCUGCAGGGUCCGCAGCAAAAGAGGGCAAGAAGAAACCGUUCCGGGACCCGUCAAAGUUCUUCGGCAAGCGACGGGAAAUUCAGCGAACCAUCGACAGACUACAGCCAGGCAAGAGCAAGGGAAAUUUGAUCACGAACGUGCAAGGCGCUUCAAAGUCGGACGAAAUCUUCCCGUUGGGCGCGCUCAACAAGAUAAAGGAUGCGAAAAACUCGCUGAUCGUGAAAACGGACACCAAUGCGCCGAAACUCAGCCUGGGGUCGGUACUGGACAGUUUCGGGAAGCACAAGUUCGUGGUGGACGACCAGAAGAAGGACGAGGAGGAGAGCAGGGCGGCCACUGCACCGGCGGACACAGUAAAAGAGGAGGACAAAGCCAAGACGGGCCUGGAGGCGGAAGCCACCAAAGAAGAGACAAAAGAGCUGAAAGCCGAAGGCGAAGUCAAGGUUGAAAAGGAAGUUGCCGAUGCCAAGCCGUCUGUAGAGCCGAAUGCUGGCGGCCCCACUCCCAAUUUAAGUGCCUGGUUUAAAGCGUUCGGAACCCCUAAGGCGCCGCCCCCUCAAAAGAAGCCCGACAAAGCCGACAAGGCCGAGGAGGCACAGCCUGUCGGCGCCAAGUCCGAAAGAGUGCCGCCAGCAGACCCGUCGCCCAGCCUGGAAGGCCCUCAGCCUGUGGCAAGGGUGCGCCGCAUCUCCACCGGGAGCAGCGUGUCGGAACGGUCGUCGUUCAGCCAGGAUUUGGACUCGCCCAGAGUGGGCGUAGACGAAAGGGGCGCAUAUCUCGUCCCAUAUCCGUCUCCUCUCUAUCGGUCGCCCAGCACCGGCGCUUCGCCAGUGACGGCGUCCCCGCGACCGGACAUCUCGCCGCGUUCUCCCUAUCCGUUCAACGGCGGCCAGAUUCGCGUUGGCUUCUACCAGGAUACUGCAGCUUCCAGCAAAUCCAGCCCGGACAAGUCUUGCAGCCCGCGCGAAAACCCCCCCAACAGCCCCUUCUAUCAACCAGGGUCCGAGCACGUUUAUGCCCCCAACACGACCCAAAGCAGCUACAGCGGCUCGUAUACUGCCACCAACCCCUACUACACCCACCCGCCGAGUUACAGCAGCACCAACCCGACGCCGCCUUAUAACAUGGAUAGUUCCAGUAACGCCUACUAUGAUACGAAAAUUGCGGAUCACUACCAGGCGAAGCCGUCGCAAAACUACACGGCGAACUCGCCGGCGAGCAGUCAAAACUCGCCCGCCGCCCAGCCGAUGCUAUCGCCGCACUCGCCCAUGGUCCAUCUGCCGCAGGCGUCGCCCAGCAUCCACUCGCCCAACGUGCAGUCGCCCAGCAUGCACUCGCAUUCACCGCAGAUGCCCAGCCCUGCCCAGUCGUUGCACUCGCCCGGAAUGAGUGUGGUUUCGCCACAGGUGGUGAGUUCGCCCGGGGUCCAGCACUCGCCCAGCAUGAGCGUCCACUCGCCCUUAAACCCGGUAAAUAUGGAGAGUUUCCACUCGCAACCCGACGAAACCUCCAACUGCCAAGUGGCAGACCACAAAGACUCGAUUAGCAACGUUCAACAGCACCAGGUGUUUCCGGUGAAAAAACGAGCCUUUCUGGACUCCGAGUUGUCGUCGCAGUUCGUCGCCCUGCAGGAUGAAAUGGCCAAUCGCGGGCUGCAGCAGAUGUCCUCCGAGCAGAUGCACUUGCAGCUGCAACAGCAGGAGCAGUACCAGAAGCAGCAGAUGCAGGAGGCCCAGAAGCACCACAUGCAGGAGAUCCAAGUCGCCCAGGAGCACAUUAGGCAACAGGCGCAGCUGCAGCAGCAGAAAAAUCAAUUCAUCAUGCAGCAGCAGCAGCAGAAAAACCAGCAGGCUCUACAGGAGCAGCAAAAGGCGCAACAGCAGCAACAGCAACACCAGCAGCAGUUGCUGCAAGAGCAGAAGACCCAGCAGCUGUUGCAGGAGCAGAAGCAGCAACAGCAGCUGCUGCAGCAGCAGCAGCAGAAGAACAUCCAGCUGCUGCAGCAUCAAGCGAUGGCGGUCUUCGGCAAGGUGGCCUCCAGCGACCAGUCGCUGCGCACUCCUUCGCCGCAAAGUUUGUCCCAUCAGGGCUCCGCUCAGCAGCUUCCCGGGCAUAGCGAACCGUCUGCAGCCAUCAGAAGCAUGUCUUAUCCAACAUCGACUUCGACGACCAGCAGCCAUCCAUACGGCGCAAGCUUCAGCGGCCGGGACGGCUAUGCGCUGAAUGUGGCCAAUAGCCGAGCGAUGCAGCCGCCUCAUCAGCCGAAGCAGGACAUGUCCAAAUUCACCAAUAUGGGUUACUCCGGCCCAGAUGUGAAUUUUUCCCGGAGCCUACAACAGCAGUAUGCGCGGCCGGAACUUAGCUACACACGCACAACUGUGCAGUCGCCCAUUUCGCAGGCCUCUCAGCUACUAAAUUCGCAGUCGCUGAUCGCCAGUCAACCGUCAGCGUCGAGCGUCACCUCGUUGCCCGGCUACCAGAAGCCGCUGCCCAAUCAGCAGCAAGCGCACAGUGCCACCUACCAAUCAGGACGAGCUGUAGACUCGGUGGCUGAACGAUUGGCUGCACAGGUGCAACAGGACGUCUCCGGGUACAAGCAGGAGGCGCGCAACUCCUACAACUCGGCUCCUCUGGAUCUGGAGCAGGCGCUCGGGUUGAGCCGCAACUUAUCCAACAUGGUCGACCGCUACAGCAAUGAGCAGCGCAUGAUGGCCAGCUUGCAGUCCGCCCCUGGAUCUUACUAUAACGAUAAAGCCUUGAGCACCUCGCACAUGUUCAACAAGCAGAUCUUCAGUCAGAGCAACAUGGCAGCGAUGAGCUACAGCCACCAGCAGCAGCAGCAGCAGCAACAACAGACGCUGCAACAGCAGUCGCUUUAUGGGCGGCAGCUGAACGCCGAGCUGCAACCGCACGACUUGAAGCCUUCUAUGCCUGCAGCCCCGCCGGCCCCGCAGGAGAAGAAGCAGCGGAAGAAAAAAGGGUCGUCCAAAGGUUCUUCGACAGACAGUAGCGCUUCCUCACUGCCAGCGGCCGGUGCGUCUUCACAAAGUGGCGCGGGCGGAGCACCGUCACAUGGAUUCCAGUCCUAUGCGGGGCUGAAAACGGCGCCAGUCCCGACUGGCGCGCCCCUGGACCCGGCCAGUAUCGCCUUAAAAAGUGCAAGUGUGCCGGGAAGUGCGUUCAAUUUCGGUACGGGCGGUCUGGGCAUGGGUUCCGGCCUGCCGGAAUCCUAUCCGAACGUGGGCCUGCUGGACGAGUUCAGAGGCAGUGCGAACUACCUAAUGUGCGGCACCAACGCCAAGCCGGGACAGACCGGCCAGAGUUACCCGCCCUUCUUGAACCCGGCCGCCCACCAGGGUCGGGGCGCCGCCUACCCGCUCGGCGGCCCCUUCAUGGAUACCAGCUCGCAGCUGUAUCAGCACUACCUGCAGGCCGGCGUGUUGAACCAGGGGCUGUUGGGUGCGACUAGCGGGUACCCGCCAGGCUACCAUGCGGCUGCCCUCGCCAUGCGACAGCCCUACGAUUCCAUGUCGCGCCACUCUUGGCUGUAGUACGUCGACUUGGACGACAUCAGGAGAAUGAUCAAGUAAGCACGAUUUGGCGCCUAUUUACUUGGCCAGAAGCUGGAUGUGUUGGGCGAGCCAAUCGAUUGAUUGGAUGUGCAAUUAUGUUCGAUUUAAGGGCUCAAAAGGGCGGUAUUUAACGCAAAGAUUUUGGGUUCUUGUUGAUGUUUGUCUCAGGUUAACCGGCCGAUUCAGUGCAAGAGUUCGCAGUUUCUUUAUUACUUUGUUAGACUAUUUGGCAUCGAUUUUUGUUACUUGACGCCGUUUUGCUUUGGUUUAGUUUCCACAUGCUAGUUGUUUGUCAAUCCAAAUCGGAAUAGAGCACCAAUGGAGUUAGGAAAAUCAAAAAAUUCUAUCAAAACAACGCGUUAAUUGUAGGUAUACAGUUUACCAAAGACGACACAAUGAUGGUUAUAAUUGAGGUAAUCGAUUUUUGUUUUUAUGUACAUAUGUUUUAGAUCGUAAGCGACUUUAUUUCAGUUUCGUGUAUGCAUAGCGUUUUGAACGGCAAACAUAAAUAUCACCCAACUUCAGUUGCGGUUAGUUAAAUGUUUAUAGAAUUGUUCAGUUUAUCAAGCACGCGUAUAGGGAGAGGAGUUCUUUUGUUUGAGGUGAAUUGUUAAUUGUGUAAAUUCCCGCCAGCUAUUGUUUGAAUGAGUAAUUUUCGAAAUCUUCCAAAACUCUGGGCUACCAAGGCGUUAAAAAUCUCGCGACUGAGUUUCCAGACGUUAACACGUUACAUGAAGAAGCGGCUGUAUUCACUCAAUACCCUGUAUAUUUUUAGACCCUUUACAUUAGAUAAGGAAAGAUAUCAUGCGGAUAGGACGGACCAUGUUUUCGGCACAUCAGAUCGGUAUAUAUGUUAUAAAUGUCUCGAAUUUAAGCAUAAUAAUAAUAGUAACAUUAAUAAUAACGCGAAUGUCUUUGGGGCACUUCCAUGCUUGUCUUGUUGACUAGAUUAAAGAAAAUAUAUCUCGGCUAGGGAGUAAAGUAGGCAAGAAAGAAAAUUUUACAUUAUAUGUAAAUAAUAAAUAAAUUUUAUUAUUGUAUA